ACGUCAUUUAAACACGCACACACCUCAAAGUUUUUAGUUUUCAGUUUAAAAUCUCGGUGGGUGUUGUUCGCUGUCGCCUGGUUACGUGCUGUUAAGUUAAAGAAUGUUUUGUAUAUGUGGGCCCAGUUUGUGAAGUAUAAUGUGUAGCAUCGGUUAUUUAUGAGGAGUCAUGUUUCGUUGUAUUCCUAUCUUCAAAGGGUGUAAUCGGCAAGUGGAAUAUGUUGACAAGCGUCAUUGCUCUUUACCUACAGUUCCCGAGGACAUUUUGCGAUAUUCGCGAAGUCUAGAAGAGCUUUUACUGGACGCUAAUCAUAUACGAGAUCUUCCCAAGAAUUUCUUUCGUUUACAUCGUUUGAGAAGGUUAGGGUUAAGUGAUAAUGAAAUUCAUAGACUACCUCCCGACAUUCAGAACUUCGAGAAUUUGGUGGAAUUGGACGUAUCCAGGAAUGAUAUCCCAGACAUUCCAGAGAACAUCAAAAAUUUGCGUUCCCUGCAGGUAGCAGAUUUCAGCAGCAACCCUAUCCCGAGGUUACCUUCAGGGUUUGUUCAGCUUCGCAAUCUCACAGUUCUUGGCCUUAACGACAUGUCGCUGACCAAUCUUCCACCUGACUUUGGCAGCCUGUCGAGCCUGCAGUCCCUGGAGCUGCGCGAGAAUCUCCUGAAGACUCUGCCCGAGUCGCUGGUGCAGCUGACGAAGCUGGAGCGGCUCGACCUGGGCGACAACGAGAUGGAGGAGCUGCCACCGCACAUCGGCAAGCUUCCCGCCCUGCAGGAACUGUGGUUGGAUCACAACCAGCUUCAGCACUUGCCGCCGGACAUCGGCAACCUGAAGAAGCUGGCGUGCCUGGACAUCUCUGAGAACCGGCUGGAGGACCUGCCGGACGAGGUCGGCGGCCUGCAGAGCCUCACGGACCUGCACCUCUCGCAGAACGUGAUCGAGACGCUGCCCGACGGCGUUGGCAGCCUCCGCAAGCUGGCCAUCCUCAAGGUGGACCAGAACAGGCUCGCCGUCCUCAACGCCAACAUCGGCAAAUGUGAGAGCCUCCAGGAACUGAUCCUCACAGAGAACUUCCUUAUCGAGCUGCCUGGCACGAUAGGCAGCCUCAACAGCCUCACGAACCUCAACAUCGACAGGAACAGCCUGCAGAGUCUUCCACUAGAGAUAGGAAAGCUGAGCCAGCUGGGAGUGCUGUCGCUGAGGGACAACAAGCUGCAGUACCUGCCGUCGGAGCUGGGCCAGUGCAAGGAGCUUCACGUGCUGGACGUGUCUGGGAACAGGCUGCAGUACUUGCCGAUGUCGCUGGCCAACCUGAACCUGAAGGCGGUGUGGCUGUCGGAGAACCAGGCGCAGCCCAUGCUCAAGUUCCAGACGGACACGGACGAGGAGACGGGCGAGGAGGUGCUGACGUGCUUCCUGCUGCCCCAGCUGGAGUACCACCCCGACAGCAACGCCGCUGACGCUUUUUAUGAUGGGCGCUUGUAUCGUUAUGAUAAUGAGUUUAGUGGCGAGGGACUGAACGAGGCAAGUGAAGGCGAAGCUAACUUGGCCUCUAUGUCGUCGCCAGAUAACCAGGCAGAGAGUGACGACGAUGACGGCUGGAAGGAGAAAGAAGCGUCUAGAACACACUCUGUUAAGUUCACAGAUGACCUUGAUUCUGAGAGUGGCAAGGAGACUCCGUUUGUGCGUCAGAACACACCCCACCCCAAGGAGUUGAAGGCGAAAGCGCACAAGCUGUUUGGCAAAGGGAAGCUUGGCGACAAGUCAUCCAACAUGGAGGAAAUGGAUGAGAGUGGCAGACAGCAGAGCGAGGAUGUGCAACCGGAGGCACCGUCUCCGCCGCCAAAUGCAGUUCCUGAAACAAUCAUGAAGGAGCAGGCUGCCGCUCUCGCACGAGAGGCGAUGUUCCACGUGAAGCAGCAGGUGGCGGAGCACGCCGCGGCCGUGAAGGAAGCGGGGGUGGUGGCGGUGGGGGGGGAGGCGGCGAGGCCGAACGCCUUGGCGGAGGAGGAGGAGGAGGAGGAGGAGGAGGAAGAGGAGCAGAGUGAAAGCGAGGGCAGGGACAGGACGUGUGGCUCCGAGCACAACGGCGAGGUGUCCAACCAAGACUCUGACGAGGAGCUGGACGCGGACGAGCAGGAAGGUGAGAAGCAUGUCUUGUUCGAAGUGUCGGAGGAGAACUCGUCUCGGCCCAACAGGUUGCAUCGACGCGACACGCCCCACCAUCUAAAGAACAAGCGCAUUAAUGCCCAGCUUGACCAGAGCAAAGUUGCAUCCAUCAUAGCUCAAGCUAUCAGCAAGAAGCAAGAGGAUGAAGUUGAUAAGGGAGGCUUCUAUCCCACCCCACCUGAGAGUCUCAGUGGACAUAGCCAAGACCAGGAGACCAACAUCGAGGUGAGGGAGGAGCAGUACGAGAUCGUGAUCGAGAGGACGUCGGCCGGCCUGGGACUGUCGAUAGCCGGCGGCCGUGGCUCCACGCCAUUCAAAGGAAAUGACGAGGGCAUCUUCGUUUCCAAGGUGACGGAAGGUGGACCGGCCGACCUCGCGGGACUCAGGGUCGGUGACAAGGUGCUGUCUGUGAAUGACGACCUGCUGGUGGACGUGGACCACUACGAUGCCGUCGAGGUGCUGCGCUCCGCCGGCAGCCGCCUGGUGUUCGUGAUCACUCGCGAGGUGACCAGGAUGGUGCCUGUUCCACCCAAGCUAGCCGAUCCGCCCGCGCCCCAGUCCCCCGCCUCCACGCCCACGUUCCGCGCGGCGGUCGGGGACUCUGCCUGCUCCAGCCUCGGCCCGAGCCGGGCCCCCAGCGCGGCGUCCCACGCGUCCGUCACCACGUCGGGCUUCGAGAGCACCGGCCGGGCGGACAGCGGGGAGCCGCCCGGCAAGCCAGCGGCGGCGGCGGCUCCUGCCAAGAAGGUUCCUGAGCCGAUACAGCCAGUGCCGGCUGAUGCAGACGUGCGGAAGCAGUUGGUGCACACAACGCUCAUCAGGGACCAGAACGGCCUGGGGUUCAGCAUUGCCGGAGGAAAGGGCUCGCCCCCGUUCAAGGAUAACUCCGACGCAAUUUACAUAUCGAGGAUAACCGAGGGAGGAGUUGCGGAGAAGGAUGGCAAGCUGCAAGUCGGUGACCGGGUUGUUUCUAUUAACGGCGUGGACAUGGAGGGAGCCCGCCACGACCAAGCAGUGUCCAUGCUGACGGGUCUGGAGCGGUUUGUUCGUCUGGUGGUGGAGCGCGAGGUGGCGGGACCCAGCCCUUCCCCCUCGCCUUCCAACAAAUCCUCUUCCCCCCGUGUCUUUGGUGCUCUGAGGCCUUACACCGGCCUCUACGCGGCCAACAGUUACAUGGCAAACCGGCCCGGUUACGGUGGCUACCGCCGCUCCAUCACCGAAACCUCGGCGGCGUCGGGAAGCCACGGCAAGUUGCCGGGCCCGAGGAACGAACCGGCGCCACAUUCGCCCACCUCGACGACCACUUCGUCCACCUCCGCCACCUCGACUUCCUCGACCACGGACGUCAAGUCCGACAGUGCCCCGGCCUCCAUGGCCAACCACGUGAGCCCCUCCUCGAAGGUGCAGGUGGCAGAUGCCCCUCGGCCCGCACCGCGGAGGCUAGGCAGCCAAUCGCAGCCCGCCCCGGAGGCCCCCGCGGAGCCCAAGGCACCGCCCAAGGAGACGCUCCAGGUACACCCGAAGCCCGUCACGAACGAGGAGUUCCAAGCCAUGAUCCCCGCUCGCUUCCUGAACCCGGAACCACCCCCUGCGGGGCCAACGGUCACUGUGACCAUUAAGAACCCGGACCAUGCGUCGCAUGGCAUCAUGCUCCCUCCUUCGCCCACGGGCCUGGGUAAAGUGACAGAGACGGUCACCAAGAGCACGUUCACCGAGACUGUCGUGACGCGAAUCACGGACAACCAGCUGGUGCGGCCGAUCAUCAUCGAGGGUGUGACAUUACUUAAAGAAGGUGGAUCACUUGGCUUCAGCAUAAUCGGUGGAACGGAUCAUUCCUGCAUUCCGUUUGGUGCUAAAGAACCAGGAAUUUUCAUCUCUCAUGUUGUCCCCGGGGGCAUCGCUGACAGGUCGGGCAAGCUGCGGAUGGGCGACCGGAUCCUGAAGGUGAGCGGGGAGGACAUCACCAAGCUGCCCCACCAGGAAGCGGUCAAGCUGCUGCUCAAGCACAAGGACGAGAUACAGCUGACCGUGCAGCACGAUCCCCUGCCCGAAGGAUUCCAAGAGCUGAGGAUAGUGAAGGUGCCGGGAGAGAAGCUGGGAAUGCACAUAAAGGGCGGGCUGCGUGGCCACCGGGGAAACCCGCUGGACAGGACGGACGAGGGCGUCUUCAUCUCCAAGAUCAACUCCGGGGGAGCAGCCAAGAGGGACGGUCGCCUGAAGGUUGGCAUGAGGUUACUGGAGGUGAACGGGGUGUCUCUGCUCGGUGCAUCGCAUCAAGAGGCUGUGAAUGUUCUGCGAGGCUGCGGAAACGAGAUCGUGCUGGUGGUCUGCAAAGGGUACGACAAGGCCGAGGUGGACCGGUUGAUGUCAGAAGGGCGGCUCAGCCGGGAGUCCAAGUCCGUGUCGCAGAGCGUCUCCAGUCUGGACCGCGAGGAUGAGAGCUCUCUCACCAUCAGGCAGGAGCAGGCGAUGAAGCAGGAGCUGGUGGAGUGGGAGAGAGAGGAGGAAGAGAGGAAGCAGCUCGUCGCUGCCAAGGAGAAGUCCACUCCGGAGAGGGUGCUGGACGUGGUGAGAGCUGCGGAGAUGCUGGUGAACAAGCCCUCCAGCCCGACCGAGAUGCUGGUGCCGCCCAAGUCCCCCGGCCCCACCAAGGCCGCGGACCUCAAGACCACCACCAUCGUCAUGAGCAAGCACACGCUGGCCCCGCAGACGGGUUCGCCCCAUCUCGCCGGCACCUCCACGCUCCCCGCACCACACGCCGCUCCCGUCCAGUCGGCCGCCGCCCACUUCUCCACCCUCCCCGCCCCCGCCAAGCCCACGGUCGUCCCGCCCAGGCCCCCGGCGGGCCGCCCGGAGGGCCCCCGCGUCGUCUCCAAGCCCUCCACCCCGCCGCCGCCCGUCCCGUACAAGCACCCAGUCCCGCGGCAGCCCCAACGCCUAUCUCCCGUGCAAGUGCACUCGGACGGCAGUAGCUCCUCCGAAGAGGAGGGGGACGACGACUUUGUGGACCCUAUUGCCCGCAGCAGGUUGCCCGACGGCCGCCUGUCCGGCAGGAAGCAGCCCGUGGAGGCAGUAAAUAACAUUCCAGCCAUGAAGAAAAUUUCAGUGAGUGACAAGAUGAAGUUUUUCGAGAAAGCUAUGGAAGAGCAGCAUCAGCCAUCUCCCAAACCAGAGAGAGUAUUCAGUUUCCUCAGUCAAGAUGAGCUGGAGCGAAUGAGGCAAGAAGAAGAGCGCAAGAUUGCCACACUUUCUCGGGACGAGCUCAGGUCAUGGACGCAACUUGACGAAGUGGACCUAGAGGAUGAUGAGUUUGAGAAAAAACCAACUAGUGCCCCUCUACUGACCAGCAUGGGCAGUGUCAGGACAGCAAAGGCAGAACGAAGGAUGAAGGAGAAGCUUCAACAAGAGGGCUUGCUGGAGGAGGACGACGACAAGGAGCUGUCCCCGGCCGAGCAGAGGACGCUCAAGGCAGAGAAGCGCGCCGCCUGGCGCCAGGCGAGGCUCAAGUCCCUCGAGCAGGACGCACUGCAGGCGCAGAUGAUGAUAAAGACCAUGAGCGAGAUGAUAGACAGUAAGCCCAUCACAGAAGAUGCCAGCUCCAAAGUGGUCACCAACAACAAUGUCUUAGCAGACCAAGAAAAUAACCUAGAGCUGCGCAACCCGUUGAGGCCCUCUAGCGACGAUUUCCCCAAGCUCGCAGUGCGGGCCAAAGAGGGCGCGACGAAGGUGCGAGAAUCUGAACGUGUUGUGGGGGAAACGGUGACCCGCAAGACGGAGGAGUACGUUGACGAGCAGACGGGCGAGCGCAAAGUUCGCACUGUAGAGAUUGUUGAAAAGCUGAUCGAGCGAGAGGUGGAGACGCUGAAAGAGAAGAUAAUCUCGCUGGAGCUGGCGGCCCCGGAGAGCGAGCUGAACGGAGGGGAUGAGGGGGAGGAGGACGACCCCCCCUCCACCCCCACCAGCCCCGUGUCGCCCACCCCCUCCGAAGAGCCGGCCGGCAGCAAGCGGCGGAAACGAAGGCGCUCCAAGAAGGGCAAGCACUAGCGACCUGGACACGGCUGCAUCACCUCACGUCCAUAUCAUCACAUCUAGUAAUUUAUAAGUAUUAUUCUCGCCUGCCUCUCAUGGUUGGUUGCAUCCAGAGGGAUCUCUGUUGUUCUCUGUUCAAGUCUGGUAUUGUUUCCCAGAGUUCAGCCGAUGUCGUCGAUGCUUACUAAUUAUUUGGUUAGCUUUGACAUUUUUUGACUAGUGGCAAGCAAUUUUUUUGUUUUAUGGUGCAACUAACCAUAUGUAGCAGUAUGUUUUUAAGAUGAAAGGUUUUGGGACUCAUAUUUGAUUGUGGCAUCUGUAUAUUUAUUGCAGCGGUGUGGUGGAGUGAUAUGUGCUUCAUUCGGCACAUGGUGCAUUUUAGUGCUGGGUUACUUUCGGUGGCGCGUGAUUUCUGCAGUGCCGUGGUGUCAUGACCUAUCGAUACAUUUUACACACCUGUUUUUGUGAAUUAAUGUCUUCAGGUGGUAUUAGGUAACCAUUUUUGGCUGACAGUAAUGUUCAGGUUGACAAAAACAGUUUUUCCAAAGUGUUGAAAAAAAUGUUUGCUUGUAAAAUAAACUUUGUUAUAAUUUAUUAUAAGAAUUUCAAAACCUCUUAAAUUAGACAGAAACUGAUCUUCCAGUUUGUUACAGUGUUGUCAUCCUUUAACACAUUCCACUUUAUGCCAUUAGAAUAUUAUUUAAUGUGUGUUAAGACAGUCACUAUUUGAAAAUGACUUCCAGAAAAUAAUUUUACUUGUAUGUAUUUUGUUUUACAACUGUGUGUAAAGUUUUUUAUGUAAAUUUUAUUAAUGACUGAUGAUUAAAGGUGGGUGAAGCUGGAUUUAUUAUUUUUGUGUAGUCAAUGCAAAACACUUAAAAUUUUUGCAAAUAGAAUUAAGUUUUGAACUGAAUUUUUCUAAAAAAAAUUUUUUUUGAGACAUGUCAUACCCUAAUAUAAAAGAAACACGUUAAUAAUUACUUGUAAUUUUUAUUAAUUUUGUUAAUAUGUUUUGCUGGUUUACUAUAGUACGUAAGGGUGGUCAGUGGCUAUUAUCGCAGAGUUAUCUUCACUCACGUGGUGAAGGUCAUUGAAUUGAUCCCAAUUUUAAGAAUGAAUGACUCAUAUCAUGAGCACAGAGUUGGUACAAAAGUGUUUUGAGUCAUCUAUAACCGUGCAGAUCUUAUUGCCUUAAGGGUAUGUGCAUAAAGUUAUUUUAUUAUUUUAAGAAGCUUCAUCCACCUCACCUGCAUAGUAGUAAACACAAUGAGAAGUAUUUGUUAUAGCCAUUUUUAUUUUGACAUGUUGAUCUGUUUGGAUAUAACUAUUACAUUAGCUUAGCAAGUAAAACAUUGGCUGAAUAUUUUCCAUGAUUGAGACUAAAUUGUUUUAGUAAAUUGACAAGCAUAUUUUUUUAACAAUUAAUGCCAAUUUAUUUUAUGUGGAGAUAUGUAUAUGCUAACUUUAAAUAUAUUAAGAGUUCAUAAAUUUUGUGGGUUGAAGUACUUACAAAAUUAUAAUUGUGCUCAUCAAAUAUUGAGUUCCAUCACACACAAAACAUUUUACAAUCAGUUAUGUAUUUUGCAAGUAUUUUUAUUGUAAUGUAUUGAAAAAGAAAUAUUUUAUUUUUAUGUAACUUUUUAUUUGUAGAAACAUCACGAAGUAAUUUUUGGGGCAGUUUUGAAGAUGAAGAUUUUGUUUUGUAUUUUUGAAGAGUUUAAGUAAUUUUAUUCUGAGUUUCUGACGUAUGCAUGGAAAGGAUGAAUGUAAGUCUAAAACUGUACAAAUUCUAACAGUGGUUAAAGUGCUGUAAAACUGAUUAAAGUGUUUGAAAGUAUUCAAAGGCGGCUAUUAAAUAGAAGGUUGUGUUUUCUAUCCCAUUCAUGAUGAGACUGUCCUGAUUGAAUUGCUUGUGUUAAUUCCAACAGUGUAGUGUGUGCGUUGUCACAAUUUUGUAAAUGUAUAAUUCAAGUCUGUAAUUUUCGGUGUGAAUGUUUUUGCAUGAUUUUCCUACAAAAUUUUGUGUGGUUGGAAACCACAAUAAAAAUAUUCUCUGAUAAAUCAGUUGAACUCUUUUUAGGGAAGGUAUUUAUAUUGAAGAUUGUGUAGUGUUUAUUCGACUAUUCUGUUAUUUCUCUCUCGGGACUAAUAUCUCAGAUCGUGUUUGGUGCUGUCAGCAAUAAGUGUUUAUUCCCAUGUCUAUUGGGGAAUUCAUCUCUUCAAUUCAGUGUGCUUUUUUUGUGUCUAAAAAUGUUAUUCGCUAUUAAUAUUAAUUUAUUUACACAAAGAUCAGUUUGAAGUAUGAAUUAUUUUAUAAAAAAUUGUUGCUUGUUUAAAAUGUGUAAUUUCUCACUGACAGUAUCUGCAGUAGACUUUUGUUUGCCUAAUUUGACUGGGGUUAUUAUAUUGAUUUUUAUUUUUACAUGUGUUUAAGAAAACCUUUUUUUUUAUUAAAGGUUUUUAUUUUGUUUUUGGCAAAAAUAUUGAUGUAGCUUGCAAUUAAAAUUCACAUGAGUGUUUUAAAAAGGCAUUUCUGAUAUUUUAUAAUGGAACUGUCAUAUGUAGUUUGAAAAAUAUUUUUGGUUCAUUGUUAAAUGUGUCUUCAACAGUUGUUAUAUAUUUUGUUCUUUCUUUAAUAAAACAUUGUGAUUAAAAUGAUAAAUGACUUUUUGCAUGAUGGACCAAAUUCGUUCAUUUAAAAUUUUUUUAAAUAAAACAUUAAUAUCAUGUACACUUAGCUUAGAUUGACACUUUUUUUUUAUACAUUCUAUGAAAGAAAAUAUUUAAAAUCAAUAUCAUGGUGUGGUACAUAAAUAAUAUUUUUUAGCAGUGCACACUAAAAUUGAUAUAAAAAAAUUUUUUAAAGUCAGUUAUUUAAAGAAUAUACUUUUUCAUCUGCUUGUAGAUUUCCAAUUUCUUACACAGUAAAAUUUUUUUAAGAUUUUUUUUUAUUUGUUUGCCAAGGUUAUUUUUUGUUAUUGGAAAAUAAAAGUUCUUUUUGGGGGGCCUGGGAGGGGGGUGAUAUUGCCAAGCAGUUUAAGCUGAUAUUUUGUUUAGCUAUGCAUUUUAUUCUUCAUAUAUGUACUAAAUAUCACUUUAUUUGAUUAUUUUCCGAUAUUAACAAAAACAUUUUCAUGACAUUAUUUCAGCAAUUAUGUCUUAUCACAUGAUCAGCUAUAUCCACAAAAGCAUCUGGUGAGUAACUGGGCUACACCAUAGAGACUUGAAACUGACUCUUGUUUCGCCUUAAGCCCCUUAUUGUCCCAGCUUCGUUGCUAUGAGCAUAAUUCCUAGCGAGCACAGCCAUAGGGGACCAAAUUAAUUAGAAUAUCUGCAAUAUAUUACCCUCCUUGUUUAGCUAAAAAUUAAUAGUCGAAACGGUGAGAGUCAGUUUUGUUAGUGUAUAUUCACUAGAUACACAUCACGUUAUUUUUCCACCACAUUUAACUCGUUUAACCAUUGUAGAUGUCAUUGUGUAUUGUUAUAUUUCUUUCUCUAGUUCUCAUUUUUCCCUCCACUGUGCUACCAUUCUCUUGGAAAGCUAAAAAUAGUUUUUCUUAAUGUGUAUUACUGGUAGGUCUUUCCUUCCUACCUCAAUCUUCUCAUCUUCUUAAAGUUAUCUUUCUUCUAUAUUGUGCUGCUAAAGAAGUGAUGGUCUGUUAUACUUUUUUCUCAGUUCCGGAACUUGAAAAUCAGUUCUUGGUUCAAGGAUUACCUCCCCACAAUUUCCAAUCACAGUAGAGAUGGUGCAUUUUAUUAUAUGACAUGACUUGCAGCAGUCGAGUUUACCAUAAUGCGUCCACCAAGUAACCUGGCCACUAGGUAAGCAUAGUUGCUUCACAUCCACGAGAUGUCUGGAGCAACCCUGUACAUACAUCCUGUGGCGCAGUAGCAUCUAGUAAUACAUAUAUUAACAUAUUUAUUUCUGGGUCAGCAUGUAAAAAAUAGCUUGGGGGAAAAAUAAUAAAUAACUGUGCUGCCUAUGUUCAGUGAACACUGGAUUUCUGCUACUCCGAACCCCAUUAAUCCAAAAACCUGGCUAAUCCGAACAAGUUUAGGGUAAAAUACAUUUUAGUGAUAACUUAAAUUUUUAUAUUUAAAAAUUAUUCCUGACAUCUUGACCCAAUUAUCAACAUAUUUAGAGAUUUUGUGGCUUUAAAAGUGUUAUAUGCUGUUGCAGUGUGGCAAUUAUUCUGUUAAUCUGAAAUGAGGUAAUCCAUCUGGCCCUGAUUAGUUCAGAUUAGCAGGACUCCACUGUAUAUUAUAAAUAAACAAAUUAUAAAAACUAAUAAGGCAGUAGCAACAUGCCAAAGCAAUGUCAAAUUACGUAUGUUUAGAGUUCUAUUAAGAGUUUACACUUACAGGGUUUGUUGGUUGAGUUAAAAGUGGUUUAAGGCUGUAAGAUUUUGAGAAUCAUAGACAACUAUAAACCACAGUAGUAAAUUUUUAAGAUGGGUUUUGAAAGUACAUAUGUUGAGCCUGUGUUAAUUUGACGGGACUACUUUUCACUGCAUUUUACUGCCACACAGGGUGCUGAUUGUAUCUGUUCAUUGGCUUGCAGGGAAGUUGGAAAGACGUGUUAGCAAUACAUUAUGUCUAUAGCAGUGGUUUACUAGAAGUCUUCUGUAUUUUCACCUGGAAAGGUUUGACUGUAAAGAUUUCUGUGGUACCAAGAUUAUAUAUUUAUGGUUCUCUGGGGUGGUUGUUGCUGAGAGGCAGGAUCAUACAUUUUCUCUACUCAGUAAUCAGUCUUAUCAUUAUUACUUCUUGUGAUAUCAUUUUAUACAAUUAUGUUUGGGCAUGUUUAAUACAAACAACGGGGUUAACAAGUCUUGGCUUUGAUUGUCCCUCCUUGCGAUGGACAGGAAGCUAGGUGAGAUCUGUACGUUGUGAAGAUGGGUUGACUCUUGAACCUGCAGUUUGAGCUAGAUAACUAGCUUGCUAGCUAUGGAUGAAAGCAGUAUGCAAGUGUUAAAACACCCGUGGCUUAGCACACAUUUAAAUGGGAGAAUAAAAUAGUAUGAGACUGUCAUUAGCUUUAAAGAGGAUAACUACAUCAUUUUUAUUUCAUGUCUCAGAUUAGUAUUUUGGAACUGCUAGUGAACUAAAUACUUUGUUGGCAAGUAACUGACGUAAAGAAAUUUUUUUCCCUUCAAAUUAUAAAUUGUUUACUUCAGGUUCACUGCAAAUUCAUUUCACAAACAAUUACUGUAAAAAUCUUAUAAUAAAAAAUAAUUUUGUUGCAAGAAAACUAUCAAAACAUUUACUCUGUAAUUUGAUGCAAUGUACCACACUAAUGGUAGGUUUCAUAAAUUGUGUACUAUUUGUUACCAGCUUCUUUUCAUGUGUGUCACUUGCAAAUUGUGCGAAUGUAACAAUGUAACUUUUUUAUAUUGAUGCUGAAAUGUGUGUAAUUUUAUUGUUAACCUUUAUAGCCAAGACAUGCGAAAAAAUGUUUUUAUUACAAAUAUAUUUUAUUAAAACAAGAAAUGUACCAAUAAAUUACCCUCACUAGAA